AUGGGAACCUCAUCUCCUAAAAAACAAAAUAUUUUUAUAAAAGCUCAAGAAGAAUGGAAGACUAUACGAAAUUUGAAUGAAGAAACUAUACAAAAUAAAAUAAAUAAUUAUUUACAAACACCUUUAAGACUUAUUCAAUAUACUUCUUUUACACCUACUCUGGUUAUAUCAAAUGAAAUUACUAAACAAGAAUGUGCUGAAAAACAGCUUAAUGAAUUAAAUGAGUUGUAUAAUAGGCAAAAAUUAAAGAAACAUGCUGCUGCACAAGCCAAAAGUCAAGCAAAAAAAUAUGAAGCUUUAAAAACCAGAAGGGAAGUUAUUAGAUAUGAUUCACUUGAGCAUUUCUCUUUUUUUCUUCUAAAUCCUGAUCUUUCUGAGCAGAUGCAUUUAUGUAUCGAGUUUGGUACUGCUGCCAAAAAAAGGCAGAAAGAAAUUAUUAAAGUAUGCACCAUUUCUCAUUUAAAAAAAGAAAUGGAAGAAAAAUAUCAAAUUUACAUAUCAUGCAUCUGUUUAUAUACAUACACUUGGCUCAGAAGAAUUAAUUCUUCGAAUGCCAAAAGACACCACCAUCCUAUGGCUAUUCAAAUAAACUCUGUAUCUAGAAAUGAAAUGCCUGAACAUAUAGACGAGCACUAUUGUUUGCAAAUAGUCAAAAAUGCAAAACAAUUUGCUGAUGCUUUUGCUUCUCAUUCUGUGAUUAUAUCACAAGAUGAUAAAGCAAAAGUUCUACUUAGAAUACUGGCAGUUGGGAGGACAUUUAAAACUGUACAAUCUUCUCAUGAACCAGUUGCGAUACCUGGAAGUAAACAAAAACUAAUACCUUCAGUUUAUCUUACAAUUAACCCAGAAGGUUCAAAUGACUCAUUACAUAAUGAAAAUCCUGUUUUAAAUAAUAUGCUAAAAUUGGAAAAUGAAUUCAAACCAAUUCUGGUUUUGCUUGUUGACGAAUUAAAUUUGGAUUACUUAACUGUUAGAACCUAUGCCUCUGGACAAUCUGCCUACAAUCCUGUAGAGUGUAGCAUGUCUACUCUCUUAGAAAAGUUGGCAGGUAUUGUCCUACCUAUUGAUCAUUUUGGCUCACAUCUUGAUUCUAAUAGUAUUAUUGAGAAUAUAGACCUUGCAAAGCAAAAUUUUUGUUAUGCUGAUAAAAAGUUAUGUGAUAUUUGGUGA